UGGCGGCGCUGGCGCCGCUUCGCCGCCUCGCUGACCGCCCGCCGUGGAGAGGCGGCAGGGCAGGAGGAAGCGCCACCGCUCCGCGCCGGUUGGCGGCAGCCCUCUCGGGUGGCAGUCGGAGCCGUUGCCGGCCAGGUGUGUAUGGAGGGCAGUGUAAUGGCUGCUACAAUAAAAGAAUGUCUGGAGCUCCAGCUCCUGGAAGUGGAAAUGCUCUUUUCAAUGUUUCCUAAAAAAGGUGAAAUAAAUCUGUGUGAUGAGGAUGCUGUGCCUGGCGUGCAGCGCUAUCUGAGAAACUCUGAGGAAGCUCUGCCCCGGCAGCUUGAGUAUUUGGUUGCUAUCGAUCUGGGGGAGUCAAAGGCUAAAGUAGAAUUGCAGGUACUGCUGCCUCACAUGUAUCCUCAUGUAGCUCCUCAACUUUUUGCAAGAUCAGAUGCACUGAACAGACAGCAACAGUUGCAGCUCAACACUCACCUCACUUCUCACAUCAGCUCUUUGGAUUCAGGUGAACUGUGUAUAUGUGCAGCUGUCCAAUGGGUGAAGGAAAACAGCCUGCCUUAUUUGCAAAACAGUAAGAUCACUUCUGAAGGUGCUUCAAAAGAAGAAGUAUUUAAAGGAACAUUUCAUCGCAUGUGGAUCUAUAGCCAUCAUAUAUAUAGGCAGGAAUUGAGAAGAAAGAUUUUUGAUUGUGCAAAGAAGUUAAAUCUGACAGGCUUCUGCCUAACAGGAAAACCUGGUGUGAUCUGUGUGGAGGGGAUCAGAGAAAACUGUGAAGAGUUCUGGCAUAUUAUUAGUUAUCCCAGCUGGAAGCACAUUUCAUGCAAGCAUGUGGAGAGUAUAGAAACUGAGGGGAACGUUGAUAGUCUUCGUCUCUUUCACACCUUUCAAGACCUACAGUUUGAGGCACAUGGUGAUUAUGGCCUGAGGAAUGACUAUCACAUGGAUCUGGGCCAGUUCCUAGAAUUCCUGAAACAACAUCAAAGUGGACAUAUUUUUCAGAUUUUAUUUGGUGUUGAAGGCAAACCUUCAGACAAAUAAGAGAAACUGUGAAAGGAGUUAUAAUUUUGAACAGCAGGUAACGAAGCAAACAUUGAAAUACUGUGCCUUACAGCUACUGUGAAAAGGGAAAAUGUUUAACAGACAAGAAGGACAGUUCAAGGAGUUAAUCUUUGCUUCUGUUCUGAAUUGUUGCAUGUAUCUGAGAAGUAUUUGCUUAUUUUCUGAGAUUCUAAAAUCAGCAUUCAUCACGCUGAACCACAUCUCAAAGUGGUUCCAACAUGAUAAAAAUCCAACAGUGCAGCAUGCUGAAUUAUACAGUUCUGCCUCAUCAUCUGUACUAUGCUGUAUGAUACUAAACUGAGGUGCAGGCCUGUAAUUAACAACUUACUUACACAUAGAAUUACAGAAGACUGAAGUAGAUGUUAUAACAGAUCGAUAUAGUUUCCAAUAAAAAAGCAUAUCCUGCUCAAAGAAA